GCAUCCGUAGUCAACCAGGUUCAGCUAGCGCGCGCGUUUGAAUCUCGCGAGUUUGACAUGCCACGAAGUCGAAGUUGGUCACGAAAUUAUCACAUGAAGAAGGGAGAGAAAAGGGGCCGAGGAAAACGCGUCAACUGGCGGAAAUCUGAGCCUCCCAAACCAAAGUUGCAAAUUGAACCAACAUCGUCAACAUCACCGACUACCCCAACCACCCUACCGGAUGAUAGCAUAAUAUCAACGGAACAACUACCACCAACAGAGAAACAAACACGGGAACAAGAACAUGAGGUACCGAAAGGUGAUCGAGAGUAUCACUGCACAUACUUGAGACCGUCUGCAAGUGGACCACGUCUAUCCAGUGUCCAAGAGUUUGUGUCGUCACCCUUCGCAGACCCUCCCACCUUGUCCGACCCCCAGUGCGCUUACUUUGCGUCCGAAAAUAUCCUUAACGCCCUCACGUACUACCUUCCAUUCGAAUUAGCACUGAUCGUAUGGUAUAACAAGACACGCGCCGAGAGUCGAAUAUGUGCUGCUUGCCAGCGAUUCUAUCGGCUUGGAGAAAAACUACCGUCGCUCAUCCGUACCGAUCCUCAGUUGGAAGCGGUUUAUGAUGGUCCUCAACGGGAACGAGAGAAAUGGAUUAGUGGUUUAUGCUCCUUCAUGUGUUUUGGAAUCACGCUCGUGAAUGCUCCAGGGAUAGGACUCAACGCAUGGGGUCGAUUUGAGCAUGAAAUUGACCAACAAACUCUUUGGCUAAUUAACAAUUCCCAACCAACCGUUGAUGACCAGGGUCUUGGCAGGUUGUUCAAGUUGACGCGGAAACCUGAUGCGGGUACACUCUCCUUUCAGGUUUCGUCACAGACACCGACCGCGCCGCCCAGUGCCUAAUGGUGCUUUACAUGUCCGACCUCUCUUGCGCCACUUAUCCACACCUUCACCGAUGGUGCAGUCGCACAUUCCCUAGUGGAACUGCGCAGACAUAACCGACCAAAAUCCCGGGCCGUGCGACGUCGCCGCAUACCUGUGGACUUAUGGCGUUAUUAUGCGCAACAAUACGUGGGAUUGAUUUGUUGUGGAUGACGCUUGCGGCCUUCGGUGCUCAGAACAACGCUUAAUUUCAAUGCUCUGUAUUUAAGUAAAACUAACCGACGCAAACUAAUGUAGCAUUCCCGAUUUAGUCUUGUCUGUCACUCCGAGAUUACCGAUGGCAGCGUUGGGUGAGCGUGUCCAAGCUUCGGAGUCGGAGGUGUACUCCCUCCAAGACAUCAAUAGAUCGCAAUUUCCAGCCGCGUCAAUUAAUGCGCAAAGACCUUGGCAUGCUGUCAACUUCAAUACAGACGAAACAGCCAAGGCUGAACAUGCAUUUGGUG